GCGAAGAGAAAGUGCCCGUGGACCGUAUUUGUGGCCUCGAGAAAUCCGGAAAGUUUUGGUUUCUUGAGUCUGCGUUCAUGGCCAAAGAGGGAUGGACCUGGGUGUCGUCGAAUUCACGUCUGGGGCCAUUGUCUCCCCACUACUGACCCCGAACAAACGGCCAUACUUGUUUCGGGAUCUUCACCCGUAGGACUCACUGACCAGACCAGUAACGACUGGCCUUUCUGCUCUGUGGAAGGCGACACCUCCGAGUCUGCCUUCUACCCGGCCACCCAGGCUGCUGCAUUCACUGCUCUCUGGGUGAAUUUCGACGCGGAGAGCAUCUUUCCGGCUCUCCAGUCACAUUGUGGUGAUUUCAGUUGGAGGGAAAAUCAUCUCAGUCAUCUUACACGCAAACUCGUGGAUUUGGUUUAUGAGACACCACGAAGUGCCAGCAAUCCUCACUGCCCUGACUCUCCUGCUACCGAGGCAAAACCGUCCUGCAGUAAUUUCGGCAAAGACUUGCCGAGACGCGUCCAUGCGCCUUCUUAUCCCUCACACCUUGCCUUCUGUUCAUGUUGUAGGAAUUGGCUGACACAUUUGUGCAGCCAAAGUUACACAUUAAGUUUACUUGGACGACAUUUUGGUCAACGCCGUGGAAACACGAAUUCCUCCGUGUUUCCCUGCCUCGUUCUGCUGUUGGCUCUUCACCUGAUGCUUCUUUUAACUCUGACCCCAGCCUUCCGUUUUCCCGUCUUUUCUCCGGCCUCUCAACGCUUGUGCAGUGUCUACGCCCAAUCUCUGUGGCAGUUGACCCACCUCUCUCAAUGGCUUCGCGCAGAAAACGCGUCGGUCGGUGCUGACGCGGGAAGUUGUCCGGUUGUUGGACUAUCAAUCAUUAAGAAGGCAACUUGUUCGGCCAUUGCUGGACCUCAUGAGCAAACGCCUAUGGACGUUUUAAGUGCCUUUGGGGUGGUCUCUCUUGGGGGAUUGAGACAGGGUUGCUUGUUUGAAGUGUUCGCCUCUGGAACUGACUAUUUUGCCUCGGAGUUGAAUCGUCUACUCAUCUGGCUGGGGUCCUCUGAGCCAGCGGGUUGGAAGAUCAACCGAAAUCUCUCGCAACUCAUGAGCCGUUUCUUUUUGUCUCACGUCGCUGCGUGGUGCGCGUAUGUCCACUUUCUCGUCGAAAUCUCCGCCGCAGCCUUCAGAUGGUGCUACGUCCACAUCACCGCACUCCAAAUCGGCCAUCUGCACCUCUUUUCUGUUUUUGUUUUGCUUGCUGCCCCCCUCCUUGGGGUGAGCUUUGUCGAAAGUCAUGUGGCUUGUAAAUCGGAGAAAUUAGCUAAUAUUCUGGUGAGGUUUUUCUCUUCGUCCACUCGAUUGGCUGCCGCGAUGGUCAUUUGUGCCUUCCUCGACCUCCUGGUGCUCGCCUCGCUUCACCUCACUUGCUUCUACGUGUUCCAGUUGCUUGCGGUUUCGGCAAGCUGGCGACUGUGUCGCUCUGGUUCAAAAUGGAACCCCCUGCGAAGUCGGGUGGAUACAAUUCCAGAAAACGAUGACUUUCCACAAGCGGUUGCGGGUGCAGUUAUUGUACCCACGGGCAAAAUAGAUGACCAGGUGACUGAGCAGACGCUGGGUGUUCACAGUCAAUUACGACACCUGGACCGCGUUUUCGUGGCUACCUUUCUCGGGAUCGCCACUGGUCUCUGCCAGCUGCCAACGACGCUUGCCUUUUACGCGACAUUUUCUAUGGUGAAUUUUAAUUUGUCAUGA